CUCCGACGAACGUCAACGAGAGCGGUAAGGAGAACGCGCCAGCUGCUGUCGUAGAUGCCAGUGCGAAAGCCCCCCCUGCGAGUCCAAAGAAACACGCAACGAAACAUAGAAAGGUGUCGCAUGGAUUGCCUAUGGAGACCAUCGGAACGAACCAAGAGUUCGACAAACUCUUAGAUGAUCUCCAGAUCCCACCGACUCUACGCCCCAAGCUGGAGAAAAUGGACUUGUCUGUCAAAGCUUCUAUGCUCAAGUCGUCGCAGACGCUAGCCUUCAGGGGCCCGAACGGCCCGGCGAUCCCUCCUUCACUCCGGCGGACGCGCAGUAUCGACUCGAUUGACUCGUCUUCCUCUCGCUCCCCGCCGCCCUCGCUGGGUCCAAGCUUCCCGAGCGGACCUGACAGGGCGGGGCGCGCCGUCAAGACGGCCUCGCGGUCGGGUUCGGCUCAUAUCCCCCGCUCGCCAAGCGCCCAUGCGCGCGUCGGCUCUGUCGACAUAUUCUCCACCCUUUCUCGGGCACAUGGUCCAGCCAUCCCCACGGCUGUGAAGCCGAACAAGGAUAAGGGGGCGACUGCUCCUUCGGCGGCGGCGAUCUGCAAGACCCUUGCUAGUACGUCGAGCACCAAGUUGGAGGUGGACUUUGUGAAGAGACUGCGUAUCUGUCUACGCAACGAGGCCGCGUCUUGGUCGCAAGACUUCCUGCGAGCGGGCGGAUACUCUGCCUUGAUGACACGUCUCAGAGAACUACUGGAAGUUGAAUGGAGGGAGGAACAGCAUGACGAUCAGAUUUUGCACGAGCUACUGAGGUGCUUCAAGGCGCUGUCCACAUCCUCGAUCGGGUGUUUUGCUCUUCGGAGCUCGAGCCCGUCUCCAUUCGUGCAACUCGUCGCUCUUCUGUACUCUGACAAGAAGCCCGGGGAAGUUGGUACCCGAAACCUGAUCGUGGAGCUGCUCCUGACCUUGUUCGACCUGUACCCUUCGACCUCUCUGCCCGCCAUCGGGCCCGCCAGCAUCAACCGUCGUACUGAGGCGUGGGAUGAGUCUGCGCCCUCCUCGAGCGCCGUUGUUACUCUUCCUGCACCUCACAAAACGUUCUUCUCCCUUAUCCGCGCCAUCCUCCUCACACCUGCGCCACCCCCUACCGAAUCCCCUUCCAAUCCCGUAUCACCUCACGCCUUCAUCGAGUCCCUUCACAAGCCUAGGAUCUACAAGUCGUACCUUCAAGAACUUUCAGAUAUCUGCCGAGAUUACUUCUGGGUAUUCUGUCAUCAGAACAACACCAUCUGGAACUUGGAAGACACCGACGAGAGCAAGGUAGAGAAGCCCCGGGCCCCGGGUGGGAUGACUGGAGGGGUAGAAUUUGAAGCGAUGGGCUAUAUGACGACCCAUUUCAAGUUGAUCAAUGUGAUUGCCAAAGCCGCAGAAGAUCUGCAGCUGCCGAAGGAUGAUGAGCUCUCCGCUCACAGGUUCCACACCGACCUGUUCCUCUCGGGUCUGGAGCGCAUCAUUCUGAUUGGCCGUAAGGCAUCCACCGUCUACUACCCCACACUGCACCUCGAGAUCGCGCGGUACAUGUCCUUGGCCGGCAGGGCUGGAUAUGAGAUCCCAUGGAGCCUUUCCAGGAUGAUGGGCCCGCCUCCGUCCGGGAUGUGCAAGCCGGGUCGGGCGCCGAGGGAAGCCAAGACUCCCAGGGCGUCGCCGACCAAGAAAAGCUCGAGGGCUACAGGGCCUGUCCUACCGUCUCCUGUGAAGAUCGAGCCCAUCCGGCUCGGCCAGGACGUCUUCGGUGCAUGAUCCUCCUGCUCGCCAUGCCUCUCUUCUUCUGUCAAGGUUUUUUGCUUUGUCGUAUAUGGUUAAUUGCUUGUUUCUAUGCUGUCCAUGCGUUUUCUCGACGACUCUAGUGUUUGUUCAUGAUGAUAAAAAAGUUACGAACGUGUUGAUCACAAUUAUGAUCCAGACGAGAUUGAUGACGGCGACGAGUAUGCGUCUGACGGACGCGCUGGAAUAAUACUGCUGUACUCUUAUGUAGACCGUUGGCAUGUGUAGGUAAGAAUGAUAUGGACUCUAAUUUUGCUGUACU